AUGCGCAUCGGCUCCGCCUCGCACCAAGCAGCGCGCUUUGGCUCUCCGAUCCGCGCUGCAGCCUCGCACCAGGCCGCGGCGGUCGUCGGCGCAGGUCCAGCGGGCCUGCUCACCGCCAUCAUGCUCGCGCAGCGCGGCUGGACGGACGUCUCCGUGUUUGAUGCGCGUGCGGCGCCGCCGCUGCCCGAGGAUCAGCUUUGGGGCGACGGCGAGCGCAGCUAUCAGCUGGGGCUCAACGGGCGAGGGCAGGCAGCGCUGCGCGAGUUUGGAGCGAUGGAGCGUGUCUCGCGCUUCUCCGCCACUGUCAACGGGCGGCUCAGUUUCAAUGCAGAGGGGAAGCCAGUGGAGAGCCGCCUGAAGCCGCCAGGGACGCCGGGCGCCGAGAAGACGUACGUGACGCGCGUGCUGCAGCGCGACCGGCUGCAGGCGUGCCUCCUGGCUGAGGUGAGGGAGAGGUACCCGCAGGUCGACGUCCAGUUUGGGGUCGGCUGCUCGGGCGUCGACCUGAGUGGCGAGCGGCCGCUUCUCGAGCUGUGCUCGCCGCCGGCGGCCGACGGCGUGGAGGACGAGGCGGAGGAAGAGUGCGAUCCGGACGGGCGGACGGAGGCGUUCGAUCUCGUCGUCGGCGCCGACGGCGUGCGCUCUGCUACGCUUCCGUGCACCUUCGGCGGUGCCGGGCACGGCCGCGACCUCAACUGGGGCUGCCGCAACGGGACUCUCGACCUGGGGAUGGACGCGCUGCCGACCAAGGAGGGCGAGAUGGUGGCCGUGCUGCUCGUCAAGCCGAGCUCGCCCGCCUACGGGGCGAUGGAGGGCCUGAGCAGCGGCGCGGAGGCGAGGGCCUUCCUCUCCUCCGCCCUGCCGCCCCUCGAGCCCUAUCUGCGGGACGACGACCUCGACCGCUUCGUCCAGCGGCCUGUCGCGAGGCUGCCCAAGUUCAUGCUCGUCGAGGGGCAGAUCCACGCGUCGCUGCCCAAGGGCGGCGUCGUGCUGCUCGGCGACGCAAUCAAGGCGGGCGCGAACUCGGCGCUCGAAGACGUGAGCGUGCUUGCAAAGUGCCUCGGCGAGUGCGGCGAUGACCCGGCGGCGGCGGCGGCCAGCUUUGACGAGGCGAGGGCCGAGCAGGCGCGAGCGCUCGUGCGCACCUCGCGCAGCUUCGACGGGAGAGGGCCGCUCGGCACCGCUCGCUUCCUCGUGCCCCUCCUCCUCGACAUCCAGCUCAACAAGCUCCUGCCGCGCGUCUUCUCGCCACCGAUGCUGCGAGGCCUGCAAGACGAGCGAAACACUUUCGUCGGCCUCCGGCGGACAAAACGGCGCGAGCGCGCGGUCCUCCUCGGCCUGCUCGCAGGCAUGGCGGCGGCAGCACGCGCCGUGGGCGGGUUUGUGCUGCGCCGUUCUGCGGGAGUCUGA